AUGUCACCUCCAUGGGCCUCGUGGCAGAGGCCGACCCCGGCGUGGGACGCCACGUCCCUCGCCUCCGCCCUGAAGACCGCGGCCGCCUGCCACUCCGCGCCCCACGUCAGGCCACUCCACGCGGUGCUGCUUAAGCUCGGCCUCUCUACCUCCACCAUCCUCGCCACCCCCUUGGCGCACCUGGCGCUGCGAAGCGGGCUUCCACGGUACGCGCGGGAGUUGUUCGACGAAAUGCCCCGCCCGGACGUUGUCUCCUGGACAUCCCUCAUCACCGGCCACGCCCACCAGGGACUACACCGAGAAUCCCACGCGCUGCUUCGGCGCAUGGUGGGCUCUGGUGUCGGGCUCAACGGCUACUCCCUCUCCGGUGGAUUGCUGGCUUGUGCUGGUGUCGGCCAGGGUGCACUUGCUCUCGGGAAGGAAAUCCAUGCCAGUGACCAGUCGACCCGGUUGUGGAGAACGGGGUUCUUGACAUGUACUCAAGCUCUUCUUGGGAGUAGGCAGGCUGAGGAUGCACUGAGGUUGUUUGUUUCCAUGGUUUCUUGUGGCGUUGGCGUGGAUGGCUUCUUAUUCUCCAUAGUUGUGGAUGCGUGUGGGGAGCUGGCGUUAUUGAAGCAGGGGAUGCAGGUGCACUCACAGGUUGUUGGUAGUGGAUUUGAAGCAGAUGUCGUUGUCAGGAACUCCUUAAUCGAUAUGUAUGCAAAGUGUGGUUGUGUCGAUUCGGCCAAGCUUGUCUUCAAAGAAGUAUCAUCAAAUGAUGCUGUUCUUUGGACCACAACGAUCUCAGCUUAUGGCAAGUUUGGCCGUGUACAGGAUGCGGUCAGCAUGUUUGACAGGAUGGCAUACUUGGGAGUAAAACAAGAUGGCAUAGCAUAUCUUGUGGUUUUGUCAGCUUGUAGCCAUGGUGGACUUGUUAGAGAAGGUUGGUACUACUUCAAUUUGAUGUCUGAUGGUUCAAGCUCAGUUAAGAUGCAACCUGAGCACUACGGAUGCAUGGCAGAUCUCCUAUGCAGGAGAGGUUACCUAGAAGAAGCUCUUGAAUUCAUUGAGAAUAUGCCAUUUGACUCGAGCGUUGCUGCUUGGAGUGCGUUACUUAACUCAUAA